AUGAAGGCUUUUGUUAUAUCAGGACUGCUGCUGCUGCUCAUAUCUGGAAUGUGGAGGUGUUCUGGGCAAGAGCCAGUAUUGGUGGAGUGCAAUUAUCUGAAUCUUCGUGUUGUAGCUAAAAGGGCGCUGUUUUAUCCAUAUGAGCGUGUAGGCCCUGAUGAAUUAUUUCUAGGGACGAACUGCAGAGUGACUUUUGUGCGACCAGAUGAAUUUGAGUUUAAUAUUCCUAUCCAGAACUGUGGGAUUGUUAUAGAGACAGUAGUUGAUAGAACUAUCUUUUAUUCCUGGCUCACCUAUAAACCCAAGAAUUUACAUAUUUCUGCUGAGCUUCCGCUGCAGUGUGUGGUUCCCAGUUCUUAUGCCAUGGAUGACCUAGAAAUGCCCCUUCCUGCUCAAGUCUGGUUCCUGAAAAGGCAGAUAAUCUGCACUUCUUGUAACUAUCUCCACUUACAAGAUAACUGGUCAACACCCUUUUAUGGAGCAAGAAAUCAUUCUCGUCAAAGACCUUUUCAUUCAUCCUUUCACCGUUGA